AUGCCCGUCCUCGCCCGCAACUACCUCGACCCCUUCGGCUCGCACCGGCUGGGCGCCGGCAGCGACGGGAAGGUAUUCACGCUGGUGACCGACAUGUUCGGGAGCCACCGGGAGUCCUACGCGGUCACCCGCCGCAGCCCAUUCAGCCCAACCAGCGACUCUACCACCGACAUCGACUUCGACUUCAACGCGUCUUUGAAGAACGUGCUAAAGUUCACGACAGCGCUGCUGGCGGUGCUGGUCGUUUUGGCCGUCACGUGCGAGAUCACGCUGUCGUGGGCUGAGAGGACGUGUCAGCACGUGGAGAAUCGCCGCGGGAGGAGGAUGUGGAGAGAGGAGGAGGAGGGCGUGGAGGCGGUGGCUCAGAGGGGAGGGGGCGUGGGGGAGGGUAAAUUCUGA